UGAAUAUUGUUUUCUUAUCUCGUUGAAAAUAUAAGUAAUUUUUAUAAACCACUUGUGUUUAUCUCACUAUCACUUGCAUCACAAUGGUGUUAAGUUGCACAAAGUUUCUUUUGUUACUAUUGGCCUCUUUGGUCAAUGGGGUGAUCCGUCAACGUCUCCACGGCGACUGGAAAGUGACAGGGGGUCCCAAUGAUACUACUAUUAACGCCAUUGUCCCGGGUGGCAUAUUUUCCGACCUCAUGAAAGCUGGCCAAAUCGGUGAUAUUUUUCACGGUUUUGGAGACUCAAAUUACACUUGGGUCGGUUUAACUAACUGGACUUACAGCACGACAUUUACAGUCAGUGAAAAACUGUUAAGUCGCAGAGUUGUUUUCGUGGUUUUUGAAGGUUUAGACACAUUUGCAACAGUUUCAGUCAAUGGACAAGAAGUGGGAUCAAGUGAGAACAUGUUUGUUCGUUACAAUUUCAACAUUAAAGACCAACUCCAUGUUGGUGUGAAUGAAAUUUCGGUGCAAUUCGCCUCAGCUGUGACUAGAGCCGAAGAGCUAGCGAAGGACCCCAGUAACAAAUACGUAAUCCCUCCCGAAUGCCCAGUUCCGGAAUACAAGGGCAUAUGUUACGUAAAUCGUAUCAGGAAAAUGCAAGCUUCAUUCGCAUGGGACUGGGGCCCGGCUUUCGCUUCUGUGGGAAUUUGGGAGCGAGUAGAAUUGGUUGGUUUUGACGACGCUAUUAUCGAGUAUGUGGUGGCAACCCCGUUAAAAAACCCAGGUGAUGAUUUUUGGACCGUUCCUGUGUCCGUUUAUUUAAACGCGGGUGAAAUUGCGACAAUUUCUGGGAGAGUCGAUGUAACUUUGCAAACAUCCAAGGAUGUCGACAUUAGGACCACUAGUUUAUUGAAACUGAAUGACACAGUGGACGAGUUUGAAAUCACAGUGACCACCACCCUACUGGUGCCCUCUGACGAGGUGAGCACCUGGUGGCCCAACGGCUACGGCACGCAAUCCAUCUACCCCCUAGAAGUGACAUUUGUCGGCGAACACGAGCAAGACAUGAAUACUGUCCUCAUCGGUUUCAGAACAGUGGAACUAGUCCAGGAAAAAUUAGCUCAAGGUCUCAGCUUUUAUUACAAAGUCAAUCAAGUCCCGAUUUUCGCAAAGGGGGCCAACGCAAUCCCAAUUAGCAUCCUUCCGGAACGCGACCGCGACGACUUCUUCGUCCACUACUCGCUAUUUGAAAGCAUGAAAAGCGCCUACAUGAACAUGCUCCGGGUGUGGGGCGGAGGUGUCUACAAUUCGGAGCUUUUCUACAGUCUUGCUGACGAUAACGGGAUCAUGAUUUGGCAGGAUUUCAUGUUUGCGUGUGCUUUGUACCCCACAGAUGAUGCGUAUUUGAAGAAUGUUAUUAAGGAAGUGAGACAUCAAGUGCGACGGCUCGCGAGCCACCCCAGUGUGGUGAUUUGGGCCGGGAAUAACGAAAAUGAGGCGGUUUUGGCGCAGGAUUGGUACGACACCCGUGACAAUUUCACGACUUAUAAAAACGACUACGUUAAGUUAUAUGUCGAUGUUGUGCAACCCACGCUACUGGAAAUCGUCCCCAAUGCGACUUAUUUAACAUCGAGUCCUACGAACGGUUUAGAGAGCGAUGGGGAAGGGCACGUGGCCCAAAAUCCCGGUGAUUCCUUAUACGGCGACGUUCACUUUUAUAGUUACAAGGACGACAGUUGGGCCCCUGAAACAUUCCCAAUUCCGCGAUUUGCGUCAGAAUUUGGGUACCAAUCAAUGCCCAGUAUCGAAUCUUGGCUCACUGCGACCGAUAAUUUGGAGGAUUUAAAACCCGACAGUGCUUUCAUGGAUUAUCGCCAACACCAUCCUGGCGGUAACGACGAAAAUGUCAAUUUAAUUGAGUUGCAGAUGCGAUUACCUGACCCUUCGAGUGAGAAUUACGUCAAAGCUUUCAUUUAUUUCUCCCAAAUACUUCAAGCACAGUCGAUGAAAGUCCAAACUGAGCACUAUCGCAGUUUCAAGGGACGAGUCAAUGAGAAUGGGGAGGGAAACACGAUGGGGGCUCUCUACUGGCAAUUGAAUGAUGUGUGGGUGGCCCCCACGUGGUCUGGCAUAGAUUUUACAGGGAGGUGGAAAAUGUUGCAAUACUUCGCCAAAGAGUUUUUUAGUCCGAUGAUUGUCACAGGGAGACUCACUGACGAAAAUUUGGAAGUUUAUGCUAUUUAUGACAGUCUCGAGUUGCCUAACAUAACCGUGAAAGGGUUGGUUCAAGUUUACAAGUGGGAGUCUUUGGAGUCUCUUGUUCCUGUUGAAGUUCCAGUGACUUUGGAUCUUUACAAAUCGGUCCCUGUCACCACCAUCCAUGCACCAACGGCUCUGCAAACUGCCGGUUGUGGUGGCGACUAUGCUGUUGCAAAAACCAAGUGUUUCUUCCAUCUUCAGUUGCUAGACCAGGAUAAUAAAAAUCUGGCGCCAUUUAAUUACGUUUUUCCCGAAAAACUCAAAAACUGUACUCUUGCCAACCCGACAGUGAAGAUUGAAUCAGUUGGGACUGUCGACUUGUUGAAUAAAAUUUUUGACGUGACUGUGUCCACCGAUGCGGUGGCUUUGUUUGUUUGGUUGGAUAGUCAUGAUGUUAGAGGGGUGUUUUCCGAAAACGGCUUUUUGCAAGUGAGUCCACGCAAGACUGUUAAUUUUACAGCUGACAGUGCUGUCCCUCUGAAAGAGUUGCAAGCUGCAGUGACUGUUACACAUUUACGCGAUCCGGCCUAUCUGUAAAAAUGUUGAAUGAAAUAAAGGUUUAAACAAGA